GCCGGCGGCCGCGGGAGGAGCCGCUGGAAGACUAGACGGUGGGCCGCCUGGCUCCCGGAACUCCGCGGCUGGCGGCUGAGGCGCGCGCCGGGCUCGGCGCCCUUUGCUCUGAUUGGGCGCGACGAGGCCCAGGGGUGGGCCAACAGACAAAGGGGGAGGCAGGAAUUGGUCAAGUCCGGAGAGAGGGCGGGGCCUUGGCGCGCGCGGGAGGCGGGAGUGGAGUCCCCCGGGCUUUCUCUCUUAGCCCCGCCUCCUUCCCGGCUCCAGCUGGGGCCGGCGAGGCUGAGUGGCCGCUACGCUGCUCGCUGGCCUCCCGGUCUUCCCAGCAACCGGUGACACUGCCCGCGCGAGACUGACCACUAGCCGGCGCGGGCGAGAGGGACAGGAGCGUGACCUCCCCAUCCCGAGGGGCCGGACGCUCGGGCGCCUCCGCGCUCCCCCAACUCGGAGGCCGCGCGCGCCGUUAGCCCCUUCCUCGCUCCCCCGCCCCAGUCCCGCAGUCCGGGAGGCGGGGGUCGGCGCCGGCUGAGUGGGAACCACGCGGUGUCUGAAGAGCCAGUCGGCGACCGGUUUCUACUUCAAGCGUGAUCCCUUUGCUUGUGGGAUGAGCUCCAGCAUGGGGUGAGGUACAGAAGAGAGACUCAAAGAGCCUGCCUUGGGACUGAAGCGCCAAACCUGUACCCUAGCAAGUGUCUUACUCCACAUCCGUAAUGGAAGGAAAUGUUGUAAUUCACAUUUCCCCUUUUACUUCAUCUCUGCUGGGCACAGCACAUCCUACUCCAGAGGCACACGAGGAGGACAUCCCAUGCUGGCUACUCCUGCCCAGCGUGGUGGGGGAGCAGAAGCUCCAGAGCCCAGACUUGCAGGCUCACGGUGCAGGGUGAACCUGGCCACAGCUUACCUCUGGAACAGCCGCAGUGUCUGCCCUUAGAGAAGAACCCUGAAAUCAGACCCGUUUUUGCGGCCUCCCCGUUUCCUCUCUGUUACAGUGCUCUUUCCAGGCCUUAAGAGAAGUAAAACUUAGCCGCAGCGUCAGGAGGUGGACCCCCGAAUGUGAGCGGCACGGUUCCCUGUGAACCCAUCCUCACCAUGUUUGCCACAUCUGGGGCAGUGGCAGCGGAGAAGCCUUACGCGUGCAGCGAGUGUGGCAAGAGCUUCUGCUACAGCUCAGUGCUGCUGCGACACGAACGAGCUCACGGCGGUGACGGCCGCUUCCGUUGUCUAGAAUGCGGUGAGCGCUGUGCACAGGCUGCCGACCUCCGAGCGCACAGGCGCACCCAUGCCGGCCAGACCCUGUACAUCUGCAGUGAGUGCGGACAAAGCUUUCGCCACAGCGGCCGCCUUGACCUACACUUGGGUGCACACCGGCAGCGAUGCCGCACUUGCCCCUGCCGCACAUGCGGCCGCCGCUUCCCGCACCUCCCGGCGCUGCUGCUACACCGGCGUCGUCAGCACCUGCCAGAGCGGCCCCGCCGCUGCCCGUUGUGCGCCCUCACCUUCCGACAGAGCGCGCUGCGCUUCCACCAGGCGCGGGCGCACCCCCCGGGCACAACCUCUGACCCUGCCGCCCCACCCCACCGCUGCGCGCAGUGCCCGCGAGCCUUCCGGAGCGGCGCCGGGCUGCGGAGUCACGCGCGCAUCCACGUGCCCCGGAGCCCCGUGCGACCCCGUGCCUCCGACGCCCACCAGUGUGGCGUGUGCGGCAAGUGCUUUGGCAAGAGCUCUACGCUGACGCGACACCUGCAGACGCACUCCGGGGAGAAGCCCUUCAAGUGCCCGGAGUGCGGCAAGGGCUUCCUGGAGAGCGCCACGCUGGUGCGCCACCAGCGCACACACACGGGCGAGAAGCCGUACGCCUGUGGCGACUGCGGGCGCUGCUUCAGCGAGAGUUCCACGCUGCUGCGCCACCGGCGCAGCCAUCAGGGCGAGCGGCCACACGCGUGCGCCACUUGUGGCAAGGGUUUCGGGCAGCGCUCUGACCUGGUGGUGCACCAGCGCAUCCACACGGGCGAGAAGCCCUUCGCGUGCCCCGAGUGCGGCCGCCGCUUCAGCGACCGCUCGGACCUCACCAAGCACCGGCGCACGCACACCGGCGAGAAGCCCUACCGCUGCGAGCUGUGCGGCAAGCGGUUCACGUGCGUGUCCAAUCUCAACGUGCAUCGGCGCAACCAUGCCGGCCACAAGCCACACAAAUGCCCCGAGUGCAGCAAGGCCUUCAGCGUCGCUUCCAAGCUCGCACUACACCGCAAGACGCACCUGGGCGAACGGCCAGCGGAGUGCGCAGAGUGCGGCAAGUGCUUCAGCCACAGCCGCUCGCUGUCGCAGCAUCAGCGGGCCCACACGCGCGCCCGCACCGCUGCCGCCGUUGCCAUCCAGUCCGCAGUGGGCACUGCCCUCGUCUUCCAGGGGCCGGCUGAACAGGAAAAUCCAAGGUUCUUUGUGUCCUAGUUGAGGGAGGCUUGCUGAGGCUUCUCUAAAGGUGGUUGGGAAGCACCUGUAUAAUACCAUGGGGACAGCUGAGGCAACUUGUAGAUGGAGGUUUGGGAAAAGACGAUGUGGCCUCCCGCCUUCCCAGUUUCUGUUGGCCGCCCUUCACUUGGCCUCCUGCCUCGCCUCUACACCUACUCCCUGUCGGCCCUUUUGCCAUCCUGUCCUCGUAUAACUCGGAUUCUCUCCUCAGGUGUAGGUGCAGGGAGUCCAGGAAACGGACUCCCCUGAGUGCAAGAGCCCAGGUGUUGGUGUGUCCCUUUAACGCCACUGUGCUCUCUGGUGUUUCCGAUUUUCCUGCCUUUGUUCUGUCUUCUUUUGUCCCAUCUCCUUAUUCCAGCCCGCAUCUUCUCCUUUCCGGAUUACUUUUGUUGUCCUGCCUCUUCAGGUAAUGGUCACAGAUUUGGCUGUAGUCACGUUACCAGCCCUGUGGCUUCUUAACUCUUGGUUCCCCGUUAACUCUCUGCUUCUGAGAAAGGUGGGUAUGGAGGUGGGAAAGCUCACUUCCAGGCAGGAUGUCUCCAUGCUAGGAGCUGUCUGCACCCUGGCAGAGGUGGCCACUCACGUGAAGGUGGGCAGGGCCCUUAGCAUGGCCACACGUCCCCCAGGCAGAUCAAGGGGCCUCUCAGAACAAUGUUCCCCAGCCAGGUGAGGAACAUUUUCACUGGGACUCAGGCCAAAACCACAUGGGUCCACAAAGCCAGGCACUGCCAAGUGGAACAUGAGGUUAUUUCCAAAUCAUGGGAGCCACCAGUAGGGAGAGGGCAGAAUGGAAAAUCCCCUGGAGCUGGUCAACAACUUUUUGCUUAUGGCUAAUGAAAUAAAGUUGUUUGUUUGAGUUCUAGA